CUUACCGGCUUACCGCCUUAAAAGGCCCACAUCUAGGUCUUCUUCUUGCCUCCCGGUGGCCGAUCUCUUCAGCGGCGUCGCUCCGAAGAUACGAUGAAGAUAGCGGUCGAGGGCUGCAUGCAUGGAGAACUCGAUACGGUCUAUGCGACGGUCAAGCACCUGGAGGAAGUGGAGAACACCAAGAUCGACCUCCUCUUGUGCUGCGGGGACUUCCAGGCUAUUAGGAAUGAGAAUGAUCUAGAAAGCUUAAAUGUCAAACCAAAGUAUCGUAAUAUGAACUCAUUUUGGAAGUACUACUCUGGACAAGCAGUGGCUCCAUACCCAACCAUAUUCAUUGGUGGGAAUCAUGAAGCAUCCAAUUAUUUGUGGGAGCUGUAUUAUGGCGGAUGGGCUGCACCUAACAUAUAUUUCUUGGGCUAUUCUGGAGUGAUUAAGUUUGGCAACAUCCGAAUUGGAGGGCUUUCAGGAAUUUAUAAGCCAAGGGAAUACCAUUUAGGACAUUAUGAGAUGCCUCCAUAUGAUGAGAAUGAUAUUCGGUCUGUGUACCAUGUGCGGGAGUAUGAUGUGAUGAAGCUCAAGGAAGUUAAGGGCCAGAUAGAUAUAUUCAUGUCACAUGAUUGGCCUCUUCGUAUCACUGAGUAUGGAAAUUGGGAGAAGCUUGUUCGACAUAAACCCUUCUUUAGACAAGAGGUCCUUGAUGGAACUCUGGGCAGUGUGCCUGCUGCAGAGUUGCUAAAAGCACUGCAACCACGUUACUGGUUUUCUGCUCAUCUUCAUUGUAAAUUUCCGGCAAUCAUUCAGCAUGGGGAGAAUGGACCUGUGACUAAAUUCCUUGCGCUCGAUAAAUGUCUCCGAGGGCGCAAAUUUUUGCAGAUUGUCGAUAUCGAAGCAGAUCCAGGACCUUAUGAAGUUCAGUAUGACGAAGAAUGGCUUGCAAUAACACGAAAAUUUAAUAGUAUUUUCCCCUUGACUCGCAAAUCUGUCCAGCUUGGGGGUCUUGAUAAGCAAGAUUAUCAGCAGUGGGUGAGAAAUAAGUUAAAUGCUAGAGGAGCCAAGCCCUUUGAUUUUGUUCCAACAGUCCCAUCCUUUGAUCCUUCUCAACCAUUGUCCAAUCGUUCGCAUUGUGGUAACUUAUUAAGAUCUUAACUAUCUCUUGUGUGCAUGUGCCAUCUUAUGGAUAUAUUAUGUUAUAAAAUGUUUAUAAAUUUUCGAAAAUGAGGCAGAUAAAUUAGACUGCUGGAUUUUCCAGGUUGAAAGAGUUUUCCUUUUAUUGCAUUAUUACUUCUUUGGGGUAUGUAAUCGACACUUCUGAUUUGGAUGCAUAGUCUAUCUUUUGAUCAAUCUCAGCCAGUUUUUCUGUUUCCAUUUUGGGAGUAAUUUGAUGAUUUUGUUAUUUGUUAUUGUCAUCAAAUGUAUACUGAUGUCCAAACAUGUCAAGAUAAAGCAGAAGUUGGUAGGCUUCUCAUUAUAGUUUUUUUUCUUAUAAUCAUUGCCUUGAAUUUAAACCUUAAAUAGAAUAAUACAGUCUGGAGUCGAAUAAAUUGAUCUAUUUCAAGUCUGAAGUCUGUAACGUUGUUGAAUUUUUAUUGUUUAUUCAUCAUGAGGUACACAUUUUUGUCUAGAUUUGGACCUUGUAAUAUCUUUGCCUGUCCUUGACAAGCUUUUAAUUGACUAAGGCGCUGAUCAUCUAUGGAUUUUUUCAUUUGGGGAGUGAGAAGGCUAAGAGCCCAACCAAGUUCAUUAAAAUGUUAACUAUUGUAUUGUUGUUUCUUCAAGUCUGUCCACAUCAACUGAAGUACUUUUAUGCAAUUAUAAUCACAAGAACUUGGUAACUUUGGUUUCAUAAUGUCAUCAUCAUUCUCUAAG